GAAGACUGGCAGGGGGUCAAGAUGAUCUCUUCGUGAAGACUUCUCUUCCACUUGUUGAAUGUAUGGGUGCGAAUCAGAUGCAAUAUCCACUACAUGGCUACAUUGUUCCGACGCUUCGAAGUGGCAUGUCAUUCCAAGAUCGACCGCCCAGCUCUCAACAAGAAGAAGCUCCUGAACAACAAUGGCCUGUUCGUGUGCAGGCCUCGUGUCUCUCAUCGUGCUAUUCGUGGCCGUGGCGCUCAACGUCGUGGCCUUCUCGCUGCCUCUUUGGACCACCAGCACGACCGUGAACGAGUCACUACAGGACACACUGGACAGCUCCGACUUCGCUGCGGGCGUCUGGGGUUUCUGCACAGACGUUGAGUUCUCCUCGGACAGCAACGGAGCUAACGCAAGCGCCAGCUUUGACCACUGCUACCUCUUCCAUACAUCGUCCGAAUACAACGUUACGGACUUGGACUCGAGUCUUACGUCCAAUUUCUCCGAGUACAGUGUAUGCGAUGGCUACAGCCGCGCAGGAGAUGAAAGCAACGACAUGCAGCUCGCCUACGCCACCAUGUUGGCCACCACGGCCGGCAUGGACCCCACACAGUUCAACAAGUUCCUAGACAAGUCCUGUGGUGCUCUGGGCUCGUCUACAUUGGCCUUCGGAGGCAUCAGCAUGAGUGCAGGGGCACUGUCCUUCGUGAUGCUCACACUGGGCAUCACAUGCUGCAAGAAACGCUCCAUCUUCGUGUUGAUUGGCAAAGUCUUCGUGGGCAUCGCACAGGUCUCGACCAUCCUCAUGUUCGCGCUGUGGAUCCCACAAGCGCGUCCACUGGGCAAGGAAGACGACGUCACGCUCAACGGAUCAUUCGUCCUGGCCGUGAUCAGCUCCUCGCUUUACACUAUCGCGUCGAUCCUUGUGUCAAGACACGCGGUGAAAGGCAAGUAAGUAGCUGUCUGAAUUGAGAUAUUCUUGCAGACAGAGGACGAUGCUUAAUGCGUGCAGACAGAAGGGUAGUGUAUCGUUAAAAUUAUGAACUGGAAGAUACUUACAAGGAGUAACCUGAUGUAAUGACGUUUAGUUGAUAGUGAGUUGAAGCAAAAAGAGAGUUUUUUUUUUU